CACAUUUGGCGCCAGUGACUUAAUGCAGGGAAAGUAAAGAAGUGUCAUCGUUAAACGAAAAAGAUUUUUAUUGUUGUUGAAAUUUGUUUCAUUGUAAUUUUACAGCGUGAGGUAUUGUAGUACGUAUAGUAAUCAUGUUUUGCCGAUCUAGCAGUUGUACCAAACUUCUAGUAACAAUAUCAAACUUAUUUUCCUAACCGAAUCUUGACCCAUACAAUAGAGUCCUUUCUAGUUCCACAGCCUUUCACCCAUACCUUAUUGAUUCGAUCGAUUUGCUUUGUUAUUAGGCUUGUGCAUCCUGUCGUAACAUUUUAAUUUUGAUUGCCAUCAAAGAAAAUAUGCCAGGUGUUAAUGCUGGGUGCUCAAAAAGUGAACAGGAUUGUGAAGAUGAUGCAUUGGAGAUACUGAAAUCAUGUAUGAAAUUUGAUGAAGUUCCAAGCUCCAGUGGAGAUGUCGCCGUUGAUGGGAAUAAUUUACUUGUCCCUGUCAACAGUUUUGAACACCAACUCAUGUUUGGUCAUAGUUCACCAGCUAAAAUUGAUACGGAAGAUCAAUUGUCGUUAAAGUCUGAAACUGUAGUCCAUAGUGGUGAUACUGAUUCUUCAGAUGAUGAGUAUUCUGAUUAUGGCAAAAUUCUUAAGAAGAUGCUUGUUGAGAAACAGGAGCCAUGUAAGGAAUAUGUGUUGCCUGCGAAUCACAGUUCAUAUAGGCAGAAGAGCAGUGCCUCCACUAAUGUGCCUUCUGCAUUUCAUACUGAAACAUUACCACAGCCCGCAUCAGAUGUUUAUACAGAUUCAGUGUUUGGAAUUCGUAUCAUAAACCGUUUGGUGUCUUCAACAUUACUGAAAGAAAAGAUGCAGGAUCGUGCAGCUGUGCCAUUAGCAAGAUUGAAACACCAUGUAGCUACUGGAAAAGUGUCGUCAGACUGGGUCAUUGCUGGAGUUGUAAUCCAGAAAUCAUGCCUGAAAACAUCUCAGAAAGGUUCACAAUACUACAUCUGGAAAUUGAGUGAUCUUAAGCAGGACCUCAAGACAUUCUCAUUAUUCUUGUUCAGAGCUGCAGCAAAUGAACUGUGGAAGACCAGUGAAGGGAGAGUCAUAGCUGUACUGAAUCCUAACAUUUUGGAAAACAGGUCAAACAGUGGGGAUGAAGCAGCACUUUCUGUGGAUAAUGCUCAGAGAGUUUUAAUCUUGGGCACUUCAAAGGACUUGGGAAUUUGUAAAGCCAUGAAGAAAAAUGGUGGUCGCUGCACAGUCUUUGUAAAUAAGAACACAUGUGAAUUCUGUGUGUACCACUUGAAGCAGGAGUAUCAAAAGUGUUCAAAGAGAACAGAGUUGAACUCUCCUGGAAGAAGUGGCCUCGUUAAUAUUCGGAAUAAGGUGUUGGGAAAGAAUGAGGUGUUUUAUGCAGGAAAGAGUUUUACAGCAGUACCAGCAAAACGUAAUGUGAAGCAGCACCAAAAGGAUGAGCAACGGCUAAAGUGCUUGUCAUUGAAUAGAACAAGUGGCGGGAGCAUACCUCCAACACGUUUUGGUGGAAUGGUGUUACCGCACAGUCAGAAACCCCCAACCCAAGAACAGUGUGAUGCUGAGAGGUUACUAAAGUUAAAGCAAGGAAGUGAAGCACCCUGUUCAACACAGGGAAGCCCAAAAUAUGAUGUUCAGAGUAUAUCUGAAACAAAAUCUCUGCCUGUUAUGAAAGUAGAAGCAAAUUCAGAGAAAGUGAAGAACUUGAUUUCCACAACAGAACAACUAAAGAAGUUUGCCAUGCCAGGUGAUGGAACAAGUCUAAAGCCUCUGAAGUUAGAGGUGCCAAAAAUUUCUGCCACUUCUGGCAGUCAUAUUGAUUUGAGUGUACCUGCAAGUAAAGUGGAAAGGGAGCAGGCCAAGAUUAAUGCCAAGAAGUGGAUCGAACUCCAUGGACGUUUGAAGAAGUCGGACCCAAAUGGUGUAAGAGGUGACAAAAGUAUUGGUAAAAAGAGGAAAAUUGAAAAGACCUGUGGAACAGGAGUGGUAGGUGCCUUGUCUUCAGGAUAUCAAGGUUCAGACAGCAGACCAGGACUUCCACAAAACACAGGAGAGUCAACUCCUAAAUUAUUAAAGGAUGUUUUCAGCUCUUCGAAGUUCCAGGAAUUAAUGAAGGCUACUUCAAAACACACGCACCUUCUUCAGGCCAAUGAUGAACUGGUUCAGGAUCAGUACUUUGAGAAACUUGAGAAGAAGGAGCAAUUGGAACUAAAGAUGAUGGAGACAUACAAAGUUCCUUGCAAGGCAAUACAGUGUGCAAAAUGCAAUUAUAUAGCCUUUGGUCCCUCUGAGUUGUGUAAGUCAGAAUCACACACACUCAGAUCUGUGAAUACAUUUAAGAGAUUCUUCAAGUGUGGACAUUGCAGUAACAGAACCAUGACACUUGAUCUUGUGCCACUUCAAGUGUGCAAAAACUGUGGCAGGUCACGGUGGGAAAGAGCUCCAAUGUUGAAGGACACAAAACAAAAUCUUCUUGUUGAAUCUCUGUCUUUGAGAGGUGAUGAAGAAAUGUUCAUGGGGUCAGUUGCUCGAGAAGCUAACCUUAAUUUGAUGGUUCCAAAUUAAGAAUGUGGUCACCACUACCAUUGAGCUACCAUUACUCGGAGCCAUGACAGUUUAGAACAUGUCACCUAGAACUAGUCUGUGAAUGAAGACUGGUAGAGACUCUGCCAAACAAGGCAGGCCCAGGAACAAAAACUGAUAAAGGACCCAUUGACUGACUAGUGAACAUGAUUAAUAGAGACCUGUGGACUGACAGACAAAUGAGAUAAGCCCACCAAGAAUGACUGAUUAAAGUGAACAUUGAAUAUUUGGAACCAAGACCUGGUUAAGAUAGAUCAUCUAAUAU